UAACCCUCACGAUGACACCAAUCCAACAACUCCAGAGACUCGUUCAGAGGUCGAAGUUCCAAUCAUUCAUCGAAACUCAGUAUCGGAUCCAAUAAUGAGUCCAAUUUUCCUAGGAGAAGAUUUUGGAGCCUUACUUAGUGUUUCGUCAAUCAGAUCCCAAAAGGAUCUCUGGAUCGAUUUGUGGCGGCAUUUUGAUCCUGGCGAGAAGGUCGUUCCUGUCGAUGGGCAAUACCUAACCUCCUUGAACUCCUUUGGGGGCCUCCGGCGCCUCAGGGUGACUGGUAUGCUAAAGUCUUACCAGAAACAGCUGUUCCAGGCUAUCUGGAAGAUGGAGCAGCUUGAAGAUCUUCAACUGCGAAUGGCCGAAGAACCUCGUGUAUCAUCACAGCUACCCUGGCGUCUCAUAGAAGAAGGAUGGGUACCUAAUGCGGAGGGAACUCAUGCUGGUCUCUCACCGGGCGACGGCAAAGGACGCAUCAAGAGACAAUACGGAAACGCCGAAUACUUUGACAACUGCGUCAUCGAAUUAGCCAAACCGAAACUCAACCCCGAUUACCCAGAGUAUGAAGCGUGGAUGUCACGACUCCUCCCUAUCGUCCACCUAACCCUGCGCGGGUUUGUGGUUGAUGCUAUCCCCUUCUGCAGCUGCUUCGACGGGCAGAAGUUACGUUCGAUCACGUUUACAGACUGCAUUGACGCUGGGUUUUGUCUUCCAUACGAAAUGAAUAACGUCCAGCUUCGUGUUGACUGUUCAAAAACUGCAAGAGCGGAGCCUAUUCGACAGGUUGUGCCAGAUCGAGAGCUGAAGCGCAUCACAUUGAAGGAGGGGAGGAAAAUUGAUGAAUCUCCUGCUUCUUCGCCGACUCAGAGCGUAUCUUCACGGUCCCGUUACCAUAGGAAGCCAGAUCCCUCUACAUCUAUUCCGCACCGCGUCCCUCUUCCGUCUCCAGCUCCAGCUCCAUCUUCGCCUUCUUCUCCCUUUCCGUCGUUGAUGCCGUCCGGUCAAUGUUUGCGACAGCCUCGGUUCUCGAUGCAUUUCCAUCGACGUGUGGUCAGUUCUGUUAUUGAGGAGGAUGAGGGGGAAGAGUAA